UUUUCUUUCACUUUUCACAGGUGGUCACUCAGGUGGAUUUAAUAAGGUAAAGCUGUGGAAAAGCUAAUCAAUUUAUUAUUUUUACGCUCUAAACAGUGAUAUAACAACAGAGAACUGCUGCAAUUUAUUAACUGCUGGGAUUUGUAUAAAAAACCACAAUGGGCUUCAUAUUUGGCCUUUUAAAGAGGCUGGUCGCCUUUUUGUUGUAUUUCGUGUUGUUUGUUGGAAUUAUAGUGCUCAUUCCUAACUUGCCGCCUUACACAAAGUUUUCGAGUAUUGAGUUGGAACCGACACUGCCGAGGGAUGGACCUUUGGCCUUAAAUGGAGCUUUGAACAAUGCAGAGAAACUAUACAAAGAAAAGUUGGUAGGACCAGAGGGAUUUCAGGUGUACAAUGGUGAAGUGUACACCUCACUCCUCACUGGUGAGAUAGUGAAGUUGUCUCCUGGAGGACAUGUCACAUUUGUCACCAAAAUUGGACAGCCCUGCACGGGUCCCAUGCAAGAACACAAAUGUGGCCGCCCACUAGGAUUUGAAAUAGAUGGCAAAACCGGCAAAAUGUACGUGGCGGACGCGUACUACGGCAUUUGGAAGGUGGACUUGAAGACUGAUAAGAAACAACUGCUGGUGUCUCCGCGCGUCGAGAUCGCGGGGCGGGCGCCUAAGCUGUUCAAUAGCCUUGCCUUAGCCAAGAAUGGCGACAUUUACUGGACGGAUUCCACCAGCGAUUUCCACUUACAUGACGGUGCCAAAUCUAUGCUUGCUGAUCCUUCUGGAAGACUCUUCCACUACAACGCUGCAACAAACCACAGCGUAGUGCUACUCGAUGACUUAUGGUUCGCCAACGGAGUGGCCAUAUCCCCUGAUAAUCAGUUCGUCGUGGUCUCUGAAACCAGCCGCCAUAGGCUCGUGAAAUACUACAUCGACGGGCCAAAGAAAGGAAAGUCUGAAGUAUUCUUAGCUGGACUGCCAGCUGUUCCUGACAAUUUGAGAGCGCUGCCCGACGGCUCGGGCGUGCAAGUUGGCUUGUACGUGGUGUUUGAGGAGGACCAACCAUUGAUCUCCAGGUCGAUGGCCAAGACGCCUAUAAUAAGGAAAUUCAUCGCUCGCAUACUCACUUUGGCUGAACUACCUUUCGAGUUCCUCAACAACCACUUCCCAAAUGCCAUUUUCGAAAGAAUUGUCUACAACAUUGGAAGUUUUAGGAGUUUAUCCUUCGUGCUACCGCGGAUGUCAGGAUUGAUGGUGGUGGACUGGAACGGGAAAAUCGUGGAGACUUAUUACAAUACAGACGGAAGCCUCAGUCACAUCAGCGAUGCCGUCGUGUACAAGGACAAGUUAUACACGGGUGCCCCUCACUCACAAAACUUCGUUGGUGCGGUGCCAGCACCAGCUCUCCUGAAGAAGGCGUACGCUAGCGUACAGUCCACACCUCCACCAAAGACAGCUGAAACGGUGACGAAGAAAGUUCCCAAACCCACAGAAGCCCCCAAGCCAAAGGUUGAGGAGAAACCCAAAGUUGAACAGAAAAAGGAAGCUCCUAAAGUAGCCAAGCCUGCUGGCCAGCAGCCCCCGAAGCCCGUGCAACAAGCGAAGCCAGCGGAACCCGUGAAAACAACAACACCGAAACCUGUAGAAAAGCAAACUAAACCAGCUCCAGCGACGCCGACGACGAAGCCGCCGCCGCCCAAAGAAGCUGAGAAGAAAUCUACCACGCCUAAACCUCCGGUACAGAAGCCCGAGCCCGUUAAGCCUACAACGCCGUCUCCUAAACAAGCGGAAUCUAAACCGACGCCAAAGGCCGCUCCAACCACCCCUACGCCACCAAAGGCCGGAGCCAAGAAGAGUAGUAGUGAAGCGAAACCCGCUAAGGAAAAACCUGUACCUGAAGCAAUUCCCAUUAAAGAAGAAAUACCUUCAGACACAGCAAAACCGAACAAAGAAACAUUAAAAGUUAUAAAGAAAGGCGGUCCCACUGAGAUCCCUAACCCAGAAUUGUAAAUAUUUGUAUCAAUAAGGUUGUGGUGGUGUGAUGUGUGGUCUCGGGUGUUGAUUGUUGAAGAAGGAACAAAUUUUUAGAAACAACGUAAAAUUUCUUUAGGCAAAUAUUAUUUUAGUCUUACUUUUAGAAGAAUCACAAUCUGUGAAAGUGAUGAACAAGUCAUUUUUAUUUAUUGAAAUUAGUUGAUUUCCCAAAAAACAUUCCAAAAUGAAACCUAACAUACCCAGAUAGUUAUGUAGUAUCCAUCUUAUUCCAUUUUUAAAACGAAUUAACGUUACGAGUUUUUAAUUAUGUUGCAUCAAUUAAUGAAUCUCGAGUUGGACCAAUGGAAUUUUAUUAUGAAUGCAAGAUUACAAGUAAUUCUAUACUAAAUUAUGUUGAAAGAAAAUUAAUUUAAAAAGCGAAUAUUUUAUUUACAAUUUAUCUUUAUAUAGCUUAACGAGGAAGUGAUUUAUAAGUAAUUGUAUUUAAUAUGCACAAAUUAUCUGAUCCUUCAUUAGAACUUACGCAAUUAGGAUCAGUAGUAUUUUAUAAAUAUUCAUAGUUAAAUAUCAGAUUGACACCGAGGGAAGUAGGAAUUUAGAUAAUUCAUGUUACAUAGUAUUUCAUAAUUCGUUGUCAUGUGAUAUGUUUUAGUGAUCCUCUAAUACAUUUUGUUUUAUCAUUUUAUAUAGUUCAUAUUGUUGUUCGAUUAAACUUAUCCACACGUUAGUUACCAGUCACCAACAGUGCAAUAAAUGCAGAAAUCUAUGUGUGAUUAAAGUUAUUUACUUGGAAAUAGUUAUUUGAAAAUAUUUUAUCUUAUACUUUGUAAAUGCUGAAUAUUAUAUUGGUGCUAAUUCCUGUAGACACCAUCUAAUUUUAUUUUUAAGUUAUACCUGUCAUUUUCUUAUCCGCCGAAAAGGAAAGGGACCGGUAGUCGACAGGCAUAAAAUUUAUGGGGAACCACGUCAAUUUUAGGCAGAAAUUUAUAAAAGCCUCCCAAAUUUGUAUAUUGGCCAAUAACCCGACAGAAUUCAGUUGACAGCACACGUCAAAUGGGUUGCACGUCAGCGCGAUAUUUACUUGAUUCGCCCGGGUUAUUCAUUCAUUCACUUGUUUAUUUUAGAAUUAACAACUGUCAAUCAUCCCUCCCUUUCCUUUACGGCGGAUAAGAAAAUGACGGGUAUAACUUAAAAUUAGGAGAGGUCUGCAGGAAUCGGGGCCAUUGUGUUCAUGUGUCAAACUGGGUUGUAUUGUAUGUUGUUAUGUGGUGAACUUAUUGUGGUUUACUUUUUACAUUGCUAAUGCAGAGCAAUAUUUCUAUGUAUAAGCAAUAAAUAAAUUUUUAUUA